UUGCAAGCUCUAUCAGCACCAAAUCAAGGCAACCCUGCCCUUCAAGACUUCCAUCCUUGAGAGCCAGAGUUUUCGCAUCUCAAAACAUGGCCAACACCGCCGAAAGGGACGUUGGCGCUGUCGUCGAUCUAACCGCACCUGGAGACGGAGGAAAUAAGUGGACCGCUCGACAAGUCGACGUGGGCCGCAAACCACCCACUGGCGACCCCAAAGACAGCGUCAAGGUUGACUGGUCCUUCGGGCCUGUUAAGAUCCUCGGGAACGUCAAUACGAAUACUUACGAGCUUGGUGUCAGUGCCAUCCUCCUCGGCAUUAAUGUUGGCGAUAUCCACGGCGACUUGAAAGACGGCGUCAGACUCGACAUCAACCUCUUUGCUGCGGAGGGGGACAUUAGGUUCUAUCUCAAGAACGGGAACGAGCUCUGGAUUCGCCUGGACAUCAAGAUACUUUUUGACGGCAUCUUCAGCGGGGAUUACAGGAUACUUCGCCUCUGAGUCCAUCGGCUCGCUGAUGGUCGAAGUCGCCGCCAGCUUAGGCUCUUUUGAUCUCUCUUGAUCUUAGUCGUUCAUUAAUGGCUUCUACCGGGUUGCCUAUAUAUUACGACAGCAGCUUUAUCUACAUGAAUUGAUGGCAUAACGCCCCAGGUUUCCUCCUCUCCUUCAAAUUCAAAAAGUUCAACCUGGCAUUUAUGAAGUAGAUGCUAAAGUAAUAUCGAUUAACUACGCAAGUUCCUACAUUCAGUAGAAGGGCCAAACCAAUAUAUAUGACUUCAUGCAUUGAAUCCUGUGACACAGUGUUUGAAUG